CUAAUUCCUGCCGUUCGAUGUCUACUCAUGUAAUCUUUUAAUGGAACAAAUCACUUUAGAGAUUCAUAGUAUAAGCGAAAUGCGUGUAUACUAUUUAUUUGAAAAAUUGUACAGACCCUCGUCGCCUUCGAAAGUUGACGAAUAAUAAGAAACUCCUUUAAUAUGGACAAACAGUGAAAUGCACGGCUCUAUUUGUAAUUUUGUUUCACUUUAUGUAUACGAAAUUAUGUGUAUAUCCAUUUCUCUUUUUCAUUUAAUUAAUAUUAUACGAACACUUAUACGAUUUUAAGUGUGGUACGAAAUUGAAGAAAUAAAGACACGAUGUAAUCCGAAUUUAAAAAGAGAACGCUUGUCACCUUUGUAUUAUAAAACACAAUCGUAGAGACGUUAAUCGCAAUCCGUAAGACGACUUAGAUCAGCAGGAACGAGCUAGCAAGAAGAAGAUUACUCUAGGUCUAGAUUCGUCCGGUGGAUUGAUCGUCGGAAAGGAUUUCGUGCCGAUGCAGUUGUUACAACACGUUGACUCCAAAGGGAAAUUGCGAUACUCCCUGAUGCCCGCUGACGAUACGAAAAAAUCUGAAGAGGCUUCGAAGAUCUGUUUGGUAUCCGUGAAAUCGGAAGAUCUCAGUGAUUCAUACGUCAACGAUCUGGCGUCCAAAAAUCUGAUAUAUAAAUCGAAUAUAAGAAUCGCGUUUCACGAUUGCAAAAAGUGCGGCAUGAAGUUCCCAACGAAGAGGAUGCUGACGAGACACGCGAUCUCGCAUAAACUAACUUCCUUGUAUCGCAAGAAACUAGCUGACAAGAAUCAAGCAAAAUCGAAGAUCAAGAGCUCCGUGAAACGUGCUAAGCAAAAAUCUGCGGUGAAACAGAAAUACGUUUGCAAGUCCUGUGAUUUCAGUUGCAGCAAGAAAUCCGCGUUAACUGUUCACACGAAGAAGGAACACAAGUCGGUGAAGGAAGAUUCGAAGAGGAGUUCGUGCAUAGUUUGUAACCAGAAGUUCGACAAUCAGUCUAGUUUGAGCGUGCACAUGGAGAAGCAUAGGAGUAGGAAGACCGCAUAUUUUUCGUGCCGCAUUUGUAACUUCGUCUGCAAGAGGAGCACCACUUUGGUCUCACAUGUCGUACAGAAUCACCAGCGAAUCGACGUAGGACGAGAAGAAGCGAGCCCUAAAAGGAAAUGCAAAACGACGAAGAGCAACGACGAAGACAGUCCUAAGAAGGAGCCGGUGAAGGAAACUUGUUCGCAGGACCAGGAUAAAGACGAAACUACGACAGUGAUUCUGUCCAUGGUUGAAGAAUGCAAAAGCGAACCGACCGCGGCUCCUCGCAAGAAACAAGCGAAUAAAGAACCGGUCGAGAGACAGUGCAACGUGUGCGACUUCAAAUGCCUGAAGCGCAGCACUCUGUACUCGCACAAACAGAAACAUUUAGACGUGCCUCCAGUGUACCUGUGCAAUGAAUGCCCGUACAACUCGAAUAAAAAAUCGUCUCUGUAUUCACACAUACAGAGAAAGCACAAGGAGCCGAAGUACAGCACUCCUGAUGGACAGCCGCCGUUAUAUUACUGCAAUCAGUGCGAUUAUAAGAACAAGAAUAAAUACGAAUUGAAAGUUCACGUGGCGAGGAAGCACACCGACGAUUUCAAGUUCAACUGCGAGACCUGCGGCAAGAAGUUCAAAGUGAAAGGCGAUCUGACGAAUCACGUGCGCUUCAGCCACAAGGAGCAACCGGUGAUCUGCGACGUCUGCGGAAAAACGUGCCUAAACAGCAAUUCUCUGUACGUUCAUCAGAAGUUUGCUCACUACAAGGCGAAGUACGAGUGCCAGAUAUGCAAGAGGCGAAUGGUCACUCAGGAGAACUUGAACGAGCACAUGAUCAGGCAGCACGAGAAGCGGGAGGACGUAGUCUGCGAGGAGUGCGGCAAGACUUUCUCCAGGAACAGCAGGUUGAAGAUUCACAUGAGAGUUCAUACGGGUGACAGACCUCACUCUUGCACCGUCUGCAACAAGUCUUUCGCCCGUCGAACGGCGCUCAAGCAACACUUGUUGAUCCACACCGGAAUCAGGCCGUACGUCUGCGAUAUCUGCGGCAAAGCGUUCACGCAGAAACCUGGCUUGAUCAGCCACAGGAAGUCUCACCCCGGAUCGCAUCCGCCGCUCCCCAGAGUAUUGAUCGAUCACAUAUUAAACGACGUGAUGAACAACUGACAUUGACCGUACAGAACAGUCUGCUUCAGAGACUUUCGAACAUUUCUUGAUCAGGAGAUUUCAAUAAUUUUUUUUUUAUUCUAUGAUAAAUUGAUAAGGAAAAGACAUGUCAGUUUCGUUGAAAUAAGUUUGAAUAUCGUAACGUGUAACAAGAUAUUUUCGUUGAACAAAUUAUUAUGCCCAACUGGAAUCAAGGGGAUUUCGUAUCACGAUCUUUAAAUAGAAGACAAACGAUGUACAACCUCGUGCAAUUAAGACGUUCGAGUUUAUCUUGUUAUGUAAAGAAUGAAUUUACUCUUAAGGUUUUUAUUAAAGUUUGUAUUGAUUAUGUGAUUUCACGUUCGUAGGAAAUAAGAAGCUUGUUACACCAGGCAAGCGUUCCGAAUUAGAAUGUUAAAUUAUUUGUAAAGCUUCGCAGCUCCACUCGUUUUUGUAACGCUCCAAGUGUAUAUAAUUGACAUUUAUGUACAACACCUGUCGCAAUACAUUCUUUUUUUAAUGUAA